UCACGAUUUUGAAUCUACCGCGCAACUCCGAAUGACGUAAACCAAUUCGCAGUCGUUAAAUCUGUUGGUUCACUACUAAGCUAUUAAAUUACAGAUUUUAUCGUAGAAAUGAUUUUAUAGCCUCUAUUUACAAUAUAAACAAAAAUAAAUGAUUAAAAAGUUUAAUCUAACGCAAAAGUCUUAUUUUACGACAUAAAAAUCGGUUUUCGGCAAUGUAAACAGAUGGGUAGUGACAGCUCGUCUGCCACUAUCAUUUUGCCACAAUGCGGAGGAAACGUGGGUUUGAGUCAACUAAGAAGAUUACAAAGUACGUAAAUGUUGCUAAUGCCCAGAGGAAACGAUGGUCUAGUGCCCAAACAGACGCUAUAGAACAGACUGAUCACAGUUACGUUGAUCUGCAGUUGCAGGAAGAUGAAGAUGACACGACGCCAGCGAAAGCGAUCUGUCUGGAUGUUGACCAUGAAGAGGUUGUUAAAACGUCUGAUUGUGGUUGGAGACAGGGGAGGAGAGUGGUGGAAUUGGGGGUGUUAGCAGAUGCAUUGAAGGCAUGCAUGGAAUGUGGCUUGCCUUUGCAACUUUCACAUGCUGUAAAUAUCCAGACUUAUGGACUUUCAGCAAUACUAAAGAUACCUUGCUCCAAUACAAACUGUGGACAAAUGAACCAUGUACCUACAGGAAAAAAGCAUGGCCGUGUGUGGGAUGCGAACACAAAACUAGCAGCUGCAAUGGUUCACUCAGGAGUAGGAGAAAGGCAAGUCAACAGUCUCCUUUCAACAUUGAAUAUACCAGCAGUCUGUCACAAAACACUCUCUCGUCGUCAGAAGGAGAUUGGUGCUGCUGUUAAUUUUGUUGCCCAAGAUUCAACAGAGAGGGCUUUGAAAGAAGAAAUAGAUCUAACAGAGAAGAACAGGGAAAAAGAUGGAUUGAUUGUUAGUGUUGAUGCUGGUUGGCAGAAGAGAGGGAGUGGGAGGUCAUAUGACAGUUUGUCAGGUCAUUCAUCUAUGAUUGGGACACUAUCAGGAAAAAUAGUCAACUUUUCAACAAGGUCCAAAUCCUGUCACAUAUGUAGUCUGUAUACCAAUUCAACUCCCCCACCACACGAUUGCAGUAUCAACUGGCACGGAAGCGCAAAAGGCAUGGAGAGUGACAUGAUAGAGGAGAUGGUGAAGGAUGUGAAUGAGGGGUCUGUCCAUGUGAAAGCAAUAGUUGGUGAUGAGGACAGCACUACAAUUUCCAGACUUCGGACAAAUAUUGACACAAAUAUUGGCAAAAUAUCAGAUGCCAAUCAUGUGAAAAAAAUCUUUGGGAACCAUCUGUACUCAGUGAAAAAACAACACAAAACUUUAACUUUCAAAGUUAUUCAAUAUCUCAAACGAUGUUUUAACUUCAUCCUUGCCCAAGGAAAAGGAGAUGCUGCCAAGAUAAGCCAAGGACUCAAAGCUCUUUCCCAUCAUCCUUUUGGAGAUCACAGUCAGUGUAUGUCUAGCUGGUGUCGAUUCUUGGCAAAUCCAAAGGAAAAGUAUCACUCCCUGCCCCAUGGUAAAGCCUUAUCUGACAUACAGUUACAGGGUACCAUCCAUAACAUGAUGGAAACAUAUGCAGCAAAUUCUGAAAAGUUGGCAACCCUAGGAAGCACCCAAGGAAAUGAAAGCUUCAAUCGAUUAGUGGCAUCCAAAGCUCCAAAGGCAAACCACUAUAGCUCCUCAUGUAGUUUGAAAUACAGAGUAGCUGCAAGUGUUUUGCAGAAGAACGAAGGACACAGAUAUGUAAUGCAUGUCAACCGUCGCCUAGGACUAUCACCAGGCUACUUUACUGAGAGAUUAGCUAAAAUUAGAGAUCUUCAGCACAAAAAGAGGAAAGCUAUUGCCACUUCCUUCAAGGCCAAACAAAAAAGACGACUACUGAAAUCUAAAAGACAACAAGGCAAUGCAACACAGGAAGUCAGAGAGGGUAUAACUUAUGCAGAGGGAGUAAACUUUGAAGUUAUACAACCCACUGAUGUGCAGGAAAUACCUCCCCCAACUUCUCAGCCAUCUUUGGAAGCACUUCCAGUGAAAGAACAUGAAUCUCAGGAUGAAGUUAUAUUUGAUAUUGAAGCAACAGGUCUAGCAAGAAAUUCACACAUCCUGCAGAUAUCUGCGAUUCAACAGGGUAAACAAUUCAACGAAUACAUUCUCCCUAAACGACCAAUCAGUAAGAAAGCAGAGGAAAUAACGGGUAUAACAAUGAAUGGUGUGAAGAUGUACCAUAACAACAAAGAGGUUUUUCCCGUGUCAAUCAGAGUUGGACUAUCCCGCUUUAUUGACUUUCUAAACAAAGAUUCGUGUAAGAAAUCUGUCAUCACUGGACACAAUAUUUUAUCAUAUGAUAUCCCAGUAUUGCUGAACGCACUUAAUAACUGUGAAAUAGCCAACUCAUUUUCUGAUGCAGUUAUUGGAUUAUGUGACACUCUUCAGCUUUUCAAAGCUGCCCAUCCUGGAUUGAAAUCAUACUCACAGGUUAAUCUUUAUCAGCAUUUUUUGGAAGAGGAAUACGCAGCCCAUGACGCUUUACAGGAUGUUGUAGCACUUAAUAGGCUGAUAAAUCAUGUGAAUCCAAAUCCUGAGAUGAAGCAGAAGUUGACAUACUCCUUUGAGUCCUUUAUUAAGAGAUUGAAUUUUAAUGAAGAGGCCAAAAUCAAAAUAUUGUCUCUUUCUCCUCUAACAGAUUCGAAAGCGGUCUCAAAAGGAAUGUGUCAUACAAUUGCUUACAGUGGUUUAGCUUUUGAACAUCUCAAGCUUGCUUUUAAUAGAAAUGGGCGACAGGGAGUUAUGGAUGUAUUGACGGAAGAAGUAAAUGGAAAGGCGCGAGUGACGCGUUCCAAAAAAGUGGUGGAUUCCAUCUCUGAUUACUUUCAGUGCAAAGCUUCAGAAAUUUAAAGUCACAAAGUGUCUUUCGCACAGAUAACUCUUGAUUUACAACUUUUUGCUGUGGUCAUACAUAUGUUUCUACAAUUAUUGCUGUUUUUGCAAUUGUAUAUAUAAGAUUUGAAAUUGUAAUUUUAAUGGGAGUGUUGAUUCGGGGGCGGUAACUGUCCGCUCCAAAAUUUGUGUAACAUUUGAAAUUGUAAUUAUGUGUAUUUUGAUGGGAGUGAGUGUUCAUUCGGGGGCGGUAAUCUGUGUUACAUUUGAAAUUGUGAUUAUAUGUAAUUUUGUUGGGAGUGUUGAUUCGGGGGUGGUAAUUGUCCGCUCCAAAAUUUGUGUAACAUUUGAAAUUGUAAUUAUGUGUAUUUUGAUGGGAGUGUUCAUUCGGGGGCGGUAAUUGUCCGCUCCAAAAUCUGUGUUACAUUUGAAAUUGUGAUUAUAUGUAAUUUUGUUGCGAGUGUUGAUUCGGGGGUGGUAAUUGUCCGCUCAAAAAUUUGUGUAACAUUUGAAAUUGUAAUUAUGUGUAUUUUGAUGGAAGUGUUCAUUCGGGGGCGGAAAUUGUCCGCUCAAAAAAUUUGUGUAACGUUUGAAAUUGUAAUUAUGUGUAAUUUUGUUGCGAGUGUUGAUUCGGGGGUGGUAAUUGUCAGCUCAAAAAAUUUGUGUAUCAUUUGAAAUUGUAAUUAGGUGUAAUUUUGUUGGGAGUGUUGAUUCGGGGGCGGAAAUUGUCCGCUCAAAAAAUUUGUGUAUCAUUUGAAAUUGUAAUUAUGUGUAUUUUGAUGGGAGUUUUCAUUCUGGGGCGGUAAUUGUCCGCUCUAAAAUCUGUUUUACAUUUGAAAUUGUGAUUAUGUAAUUUUGUUGGGAGUGUUCAUUCGGGGGCGGUAAUUGUCCGCUCCAAAAUCUGUGUUACAUUUGAAAUUGUGAUUAUAUGUUAUUUUGUUGGGAGUGUUGAUUCGGGGGUGGUAAUUGUCCGCUCCAAAAUUUGUGUAACGUUUGAAAUUGUAAUUCUGUGAAUUUUGAUGGAAGUGUUCAUUCGGGGGCGGAAAUUGUCCAUUCAAAAAAUUUGUGUAUGGUUUAUGGUUUGAAAUUGUAAUUAUGUGUAUUUUGAUGGGAGUGUUCAUUCGGGGGCGGUAAUUGUCCGCUCCAAAAUCUGUUUUACAUUUGAAAUUGUGAUUAUGUAAUUUUGUUGGGAGUGUUCAUUCGGGGGUGGUAAUUGUCCGCUCCAAAAUCUGUGUUACAUUUGAAAUUGUAAUUAUAUGUAAUUUUGUUGGGAGUGUUGAUUGGGGGUUGUAAUUGUCCGCUCCAAAAUUUGUGUAACGUUUGAAAAUGUAAUUAUGUAAAUUUUGAUGGGAGUUUUUUUCGGGGGCGGUAAUUGUCCGCUCCAAAAUCUGUGUUACAUUUGAAAUUGUGAUUAUAUGUAAUUUUGUUGGGAGUGUUGAUUCGGGGGCGGAAAUUGUCCGCUCAAAAAAUUUGUGUAACGUUUGAAAUUGUAAUUAGGUGUAAUUUUGUUGGAAGUGUUGAUUCGGGGGUGGAAAUUGUCCGCUCAAAAAAUUUGUGUAUCAUUUGAAAUUGUAAUUAUGUGUAUUUUGAUGGGAGUUUUCAUUCGGGGGCGGUAAUUGUCCGCUCUAAAAUCUGUUUUACAUUUGAAAUUGUGAUUAUGUAAUUUUGUUGGGAGUGUUCAUUCGGGGGCGGUAAUUGUCCGCUCCAAAAUCUGUGUUACAUUUGAAAUUGUGAUUAUAUGUAAUUUUGUUGGGAGUGUUGAUUGGGGGUUGUAAUUGUCCGCUCCAAAAUUUGUGUAACGUUUGAAAAUGUAAUUAUGUAAAUUUUGAUGGGAGUUUUUUUCGGGGGCGGUAAUUGUCCGCUCCAAAAUCUGUGUUACAUUUGAAAUUGUGAUUAUAUGUAAUUUUGUUGGGAGUGUUGAUUCGGGGGUGGUAAUUGUCCGCUCCAAAAUUUGUGUAACGUUUGAAAUUGUAAUUAUGUGAAUUUUGAUGGAAGUGUUCUUUCAGGGGCGGAAAUUGUCCGCUCAAAAAAUUUGUGUAUGGUUUAUGGUUUGAAAUUGUAAUUAUGUGUAUUUUGAUGGGAGUGUUCAUUCGGGGGCGGUAAUUGUCCGCUCCAAAAUCUGUUUUACAUUUGAAAUUGUGAUUAUGUAAUUUUGUUGGGAGUGUUCAUUCGGGGGCGGUAAUUGUCCGCUCCAAAAUCUGUGUUACAUUUGAAAUUGUGAUUAUAUGUAAUUUUGUUGGGAGUGUUGAUUCGGGGACGGUAAUUGUCCGCUCCAAAAUUUGUGUAACGUUUGAAAUUGUAAUUAUGUGAAUUUUGAUGGAAGUGUUCAUUCGGGGGCGGUAAUUGUCCGCUCCAAAAUCUGUUUUACAUUUGAAAUUGUGAUUAUGUAAUUUUGUUGGGAGUGUUCAUUCGGGGGCGGUAAUUGUCCGCUCCAAAAUCUGUGUUACAUUUGAAAUUGUGAUUAUAUGUAAUUUUGUUGGGAGUGUUGAUUCGGGGACGGUAAUUGUCCGCUCCAAAAUUUGUGUAACGUUUGAAAUUGUAAUUAUGUGAAUUUUGAUGGAAGUGUUCAUUCGGGGGCGGAAAUUGUCCAUUCAAAAAAUUUGUGUAUGGUUUAUGGUUUGAAAUUGUAAUUAUGUGUAUUUUGAUGGGAGUGUUCAUUCGGGGGCGGUAAUUGUCCGCUCCAAAAUCUGUUUUACAUUUGAAAUUGUGAUUAUGUAAUUUUGUUGGGAGUGUUCAUUCGGGGGCGGUAAUUGUCCGCUCCAAAAUCUGUGUUACAUUUGAAACUGUGAUUAUGCGUAAUUUGGUUGGGAGUGUUGAUUCGGGGUUGGUAAUUGUCCGCUCCAAAAUUUAUGUAACAUUUGAAAUGGUAAUUAUGUGUAUUUUGAUGGGAGUGUUCAUUCGGGGGCGGUAAUUGUCCGCUCCAAAAUCUGUGUUACAUUUGAAACUGUGAUUAUAUGUAAUUUUGUUGGGAGUGUUGAUUCGGGGGUGGUAAUUGUCCGCUCCAAAAUUUGUGUAACAUUUGAAAUUGUAAUUAUGUGUAUUUUGAUGGGAGUGUUCAUUCGGGGGCGGUAAUUGUCCGCUCCAAAAUCUGUUUUACAUUUGAAAUUGUGAUUAUAUGUAAUUUUGUUGGGAUUGUUGAUUCGGGGGUGGUAAUUGUCCGCUCCAAAAUUUGUGUAACAUUUGAAAUUGUAAUCAUGGUAUUUUGAUGGGAGUGUUCAUUCGGGGGCAGUAAUUGUCCGCUCCAAAAUCUGUGUUGCAUUUGAAAUUUUGAUUAUGUAAUUUUGUUGGGAGUGACCUUUCUGUGAAAUUUUCGUAAAGGUCUAGCAUUGUAAUAGUGAGAAAUUUGUGAGAAUAAAUGUUUGAUAAACAAAUACGUUGGUUUUGAUAUU